GUAAGUAUUUUCCUUUCCUUUUUAUAUAAGGAUGGUCAGUAAGAAGACAAAACAAGCCCGACGCGCCGCCAAGGCUGAGAACGCAAAGAAUGGAGAGGCAGCAGCGACAGCAUCGGCGCCGACUACACCAAAAUUACCUGAGGCCGAGGUCGUUGUCGAGGAAGAAGUAGACCCCAAGACGCGGGCAGAAAGAAUCAAAGAAGAGGGAAAUGCCGCGUUUCGCGCGAAGAAUUACCGGGAAGCUACAAAGCUGUAUACCCAGGCCAUCGAUCUAAAUCCCACUGAACCAUCCUACUUGACUAAUCGCGCCGCCUCUAGCAUGGCCUUAAAGCGAUUUAAACCCGCGCUGGAAGAUUGUCGGCUGGCCACAACGCUGCAAGCUUCCUCUCCCAAUCCAAAAACGUUACUACGGCUAGCGCGGUGUCAAUUUGCGCUCGGCUCACCUACUCCGGCUCUUUCGACCUUGAAUACCAUUUUCUCCAUUGAUCCUAAAAAUGACGCUGCACUACAGCUCAAGAGCAAGAUAUCCGACCUCGAUGGUCACCUGCAGCAUUUCCACGAGGCACGAGGGAGAAAGGACUGGGGCAUGGCACGGAUCGCGUUGGAUAAGUGUUUCCAAAACAUAGAAAGUGAGGGAGACGAGAUACCCACCGAUUGGAGAGUAUGGAGAGUGGAACUCGAGCUGGCUAAAGGAAAUUGGGAUGCGGCCAACGCAGCGGCAAACGAUGCGCUGAGAAUGAAGGGAAACUCUCCAGAGGUGCUGUCAUUGCGAGGACUAGUGCUAUUCCUGAGCGGGAAACUUCCUUCUGCUAUCACUCACGUCCAAGGCGCCCUCCGACUUGAUCCCUCAUACGGACCUGCACAACAACUACGGAAGCGUGUUAAGGAUGUCGAACGGCUAAAGGAAGAAGGAAACGUAGCCUUCAAAGCUGGACGGCUAACAGAAGCUGUAGAAAAAUACAGCGAGACUCUGGAACGGAUCGGCGCGUCCGAAGACGAAGGCAAAGGCGGUCAGAUACGCGCGACCCUGCUAUCCAAUAAGGCGACCACUCUCGUCAAACUGGAACGGUACGACGAAGCACUGGUUGAUAUCGAGGAAUCCCUAGAACUCAUGUCGACGUCGUUCAAAGCAUACCGGACGCGUGCACGAAUCCAUCUGCAUCUUGAAAACUACGACAAGGCUGUGGCCGAUUUCAAGAGCUCCAUCCAACAAGCACAAUCUGAUGGAAAUAGCACUGACGCCGACGUCCGGGCCCUCAAAGGAGAACUCAGGAAGGCAGAAACUGCAUUGAGGCAGAGCAAGACAAAGGACUAUUACAAGAUCCUUGGCGUCCCGCGUGAAUGCUCAACGACAGACAUCAAGAAGGCAUACAGGAAAGAGAGUCUCAAGCACCAUCCUGAUAAAGGCGGUGACGAGGAGAAGUUCAAGCUUGUGGCGGAGGCGCAUAAUGUUCUUUCUGAUCCUGAGAAGAGGAGCAGGUACGACAAUGGUGAUGAUGAGGAUGGUAUGGAGGGGGGGUUUGGAGGGAUGGGUAAUAUGACGGAGGCAGAUAUCGCUAACCUGUUUGCUCACUUUGGUGGGGGCAGAUUUGGGGGUGGUGGGUAUGGAGGGAGCAGAUACGGCGGGUCGAAUGAGUACUCGUCGCAUGGGUUUCAGUUUUAGAUCUGAUUUUGUCGUGUUCCGGCGUCGCUGUGUAUCAUUCCGUUAUUACCGUACAUCCUUACCUAUCUAUCUUACAAUCCCGCAUUCACAUCGGAUUACCUUUAGCGCCCUAACUGAUAUUCAUCUAGUCACGUUGUGAUGCUGUAUGGUGAACGCAUGUUCGGACUGGCCGACUGACGUGCUGUAAAUG